AGGUUCUUCAUCUAUAGCGUGUCUGAAAAAGAACAUGUCAUCAUGGAUAAAGAAAAUAGAUGGGAGCAUGAAGUAACGGUGCCCACCCGUAAGUUGCUGGACCCGAAGUUCUGCCUGGCAGAAUGGUAUGCACGAAAGGUUAAUGAACUACGGGGAGAGCACCCCCACACAUGGGGAAGAUGGAGGCGGGAAGAGCCUCGCCCAACGAGGUCCAUGGAUACUCCUCUGGCUGCCCAAGCGGAGCAGCUAUUGAAACUAUGGGGCCGUUAUGAUAACGACCCCCCACGCAACGCGCUAAACCCAGAAAGAUUUGAGUGCGUUAGAAGAAGGGACGGGACGCACCUGAUAAAGGACUAUGUCCGAUCGUUCGUAGUGGAGGUGCCAUUGCACCUCCUGUUAAAUCCUAAGUUCGUGUUAGCAUCCUGGUACAAUAAGAUAUUGAGGGAGGCUCACGAUGAACUUUGCGACGGACUGGUACAGGACUCUCAAGAGUCCAAUAUGCUCCGGCUAUUG